GUGCACGUACAGUAAAAAUGGCUUCGACGCAACCAGGUCAUGAUAGCUCGUCAGGAUCCAGAAGAGAUCGGGUAAUGCUGGGUGAUUUGCCUGAUGACUUUCUUAGAGUACAGACAAACCCACAGCAGCAGCAAAUGGCAGAAGAUGCGCGGAUAGCUCAAAUUUUACAAGCUCAGCAGCAAGCUGGCUAUGUCUGCCAACCUUCAAAUAUCACAGGAAAACUGUCCAUCACUGUUGUUCAGGCAAGGCUUGCCAAGAAUUAUGGCAUCACAAAGAUGGAUCCGUACUGUCGCAUCCGAGUGGGUCAUGCUGUCUUCGAGACACCUACUGCUGUCAAUGGCGCCAAGAACCCGAGAUGGGCCAAAUCUAUACAGUGUUACAUGGCCCCUGGUGUGGAUACCAUGUAUGUUGAAAUCUUUGAUGAGCGGGCCUUCUCCAUGGAUGACCGUGUAGCCUGGGCUCACAUCAAGCUGCCAGAGUCUGUGUUCAAUGGGGAGACAGUAGAUGAUUGGUUUUCACUGAGCGGUCGUCAAGGAGAUGAUAAAGAGGGAAUGAUCAAUCUUGUCAUGUCUUUCAUUCCGGUGCAGAACUUGCCACCUUCUACCGGAUUUAUGUACCCAGCUGCCCCACAGAUGAUGGUCCCCAUGAUGGCCCCAGGGGUGACAUAUUACCCCACACAGCCCAUGAUGUACACUCAGCCAGUGGGUAAUGUUAUGCCUCAGCAGCCCAUGUUUACAGAAGAGGACCUCAAACAGGCCAAGGACAUGUUUCCUAAUAUGGAGGAAGAUGUGAUCAAAUCAGUGUUUGAGGCUAACCGGGGAAAUAAGGAUGCCUCCAUCAAUGCCCUGUUGUCCAUGAACUCUGAUAACUGAACCUUAUUUCCUGCCGCAUUGGAUGUAACUACUGCUUUAUAGCCACCUGCAAAACAGUAACAAAUAUGAAAAAUUAAAAAAGAAAAAAAAAAAAACAGAAAGAAAAACACCAACCAGGAAAAGAAAUACUGUUCUGUGUAAUAGAUGUUUGACAUUACUCUAAUUGCUGAUGCUCACCGAAACUCUGCCGAAAACUUUUGAAGUAAGCAUUUUUUUUCUACGUAUUUCUUUCUGAACUUUUGCACCCGAACAGUUCAUUGCUCAUUUUCAGAAUAUUGAAGCUCCUUGUUUAGUUCACUUUUGUACUUAUUGAUAAAAAACACAGGUUAUUCACAACAUAGCAACUGUGUUCAGUUUGAAAUGCUAACAAUGU